GAGGCGGCGGCGGCGGCGGGGACGGCGGGGCGAUGCUGACCUCGCGCGCCUUCCUGAAGCGCACGCGCGGCGGCGCCGUCCUCAAGGUGGUCCGCGAGCACUACCUGCGCGACGACGUGGCCUGCGGGGUGGCGGCCUGCGCGCUCUGCGGCGGGGAGGAUCCCCAGCGCGGCCUCGAGGCCCGGCCGCGCGCCCCCGCCAGCGCGCUCGCCGCGCGCCCGCACUACUUGCUGCUGGACGCCAACGUGGUGCUGCACCAGAUCGACGUGCUGGAGGACGCCGCCAUCGGGAACGCCAUCAUCCCGCAGACCGUCCUGCAGGAGGUGCGGAGGCGCAGCGCGGCGGUGUACGGGCGCAUCAAGGACGCCAUCGCCGCCCCCGAGAAGCACUUCUAUGCCUUCGCCAACGAGCACCACAAAGAGACCUAUGUAGAACAAGAACGAGGAGAAAGUGCGAAUGACCGGAAUGACCGGGCCAUUCGGGUCGCAGCAAAGUGGUAUCAGGAACACCUGAGUAAAUUGCAAGGGGAAGAAAGUGUCACGGUCAUCUUGCUCACGAAUGACCGGAAAAACAAAGAGAAAGCUGUGGAAGAGGGAAUCACUACGUAUACCUGCGAAGAAUACGUAAGGAGCCUCACAGACAACCCCGAGCUUGUGGACCAGCUUGCUUGCUUGGAUGAUGAAGAGAAUGAAAUUGAAAGCAGCAAGAUCAUUUUCCCGGAGCACCUCCCUCUCAGCAAACUGCAGCAGGGCAUUAAGUCUGGCCUUUACCUACAAGGCACCUUCCGAGCUAACAGGGACAACUACCUGGAAGCCACGGUUUGGAUUCACGGGAACGACGGAGGGAGAGAGGUGAUGAUUCAAGGCCUUAGAAACUUAAACCGUGCAGUGCAUGAGGAUAUCGUAGCGGUGGAACUCUUGUCCAAGGAUGCCUGGGCUGCCCCAUCCUCUGUGGUCCUGCUUGACGACGAGACCAAGAGCGAGGAGGAGGAUCCUGAAAAAGAAGAGGAGAAUCAAAGCAACCUGAAGACUUCUGUGAAUAAGGCAAUGCUACGACCAACAGGCAGAGUUGUGGGAAUUAUACGAAGAAACUGGAGACCUUUUUGUGGCAUGCUUUCUAAGUCGCACAUAAAGGAGGCAAGGCGGCACUUAUUUACGCCAGCUGAUCGGAGAAUUCCUCGAAUCCGGAUAGAAACAAGGCAGGCUUCGAUCCUCGAAGGGCAAAGAAUUAUUGUUGCUAUCGAUGGGUGGCCUAAAACAUCAAGAUAUCCUAACGGACAUUUUGUAAAGAAUUUGGGAGCAGCCGGUGAUAAGGAAACGGAGACGGAAGUCCUGCUACUUGAACAUGAUGUUCCUCAUCAACCCUUUUCCCAAGCCGUUCUGAGUUUCCUGCCACAGAUGCCCUGGAGCAUCACUGACCAGGAUAUGAAGCAGAGAGAGGACCUGAGGCAUUUGUCCGUGUGCAGCGUGGAUCCUCCUGGAUGUACCGAUAUUGACGAUGCGCUGCACUGCAGAGAACUGGAAAAUGGAAAUCUGGAGGUUGGGGUGCACAUUGCAGAUGUCAGCCACUUCAUCCGCCCAGGGAGUGCUCUAGACCAAGAAUCGGCAAAAAGGGGCACCACUGUGUAUCUGUGCGAAAAAAGGAUCGACAUGGUUCCAGACCUGCUGAGCUCCAACUUAUGUUCACUGAGAUCCAACGUGGACAGGCUUGCCUUUUCGUGUAUAUGGGAAAUGAAUCAGAAUGCUGAAGUCCUGGGAACCAGAUUUACAAAGAGUGUCAUAAAUUCCAAGGCUUCGCUGACAUACGCUGAGGCACAGAUGAAAAUAGACUCUGCUGCUUUGAACGAUGACAUCACCACCAGUCUGCGUGGGCUGAACGGGUUGGCCAAAAUCCUUAAGAAGCGCCGGCGAGAAAACGGGGCUUUAACUCUUUCUUCACCUGAAGUUCGAUUCCACAUCGAUAGCGAAACCCACGAUCCGAUUGAUUUGCAGACCAAGGAGCUGAAAGACACCAACUCCAUGGUUGAAGAGUUUAUGCUGCUUGCAAACAUCUCCGUUGCCCGAAAGAUCAACGAGGAAUUUUCGGAGCAUGCCUUGCUGAGAAAGCACCCCGCCCCGCCCCUGUCCAAUUAUGACAUCCUGGUGAAGGCUGCGAAGGCUAAGGGCUUAGAAAUCAAGACUGAUUCUGCCAAAGCUCUGGCUGAUUCCCUGGACAGGGCAGAGUGUGCUUCUUUUCCCUAUCUGAACACCCUGCUGCGGAUCUUAGCCACGCGCUGCAUGAUGCAGGCCGUUUAUUUUUGCUCUGGAAUGGACAGCGAUUUUCACCACUAUGGCUUAGCGUCGCCCAUAUACACCCACUUCACUUCUCCAAUCAGAAGAUACGCUGAUAUUAUAGUGCACCGACUGCUGGCGGUGGCCAUAGGGGUGGACGAUACUUACCCGGACCUCACUGACAAACAUAAAUUGGCGGAUUUGUGCAAAAAUCUCAACUAUCGGCACAAAAUGGCCCAGUACGCCCAGAGAGCUUCCGUCGCGUUCCACACCCAGCUGUUUUUCAAAAACAAGGUUGCGGUCAGCGAAGAGGCCUACGUUCUGUUUGUUAGGAAGAACGCAAUCGUAGUUCUGAUCCCCAAAUACGGUUUAGAAGGCACCGUUUUCUUUGAAGACAAGGCUAGGCCAAAAGCAGGACUCGUAUACAACGAGGAGAUUCCUUCUCUUACUGUGGAAGGCACAACUUUCUGUACAUUUGACAAGGUUAAAGUCAGCAUCGUGCUGGAUUCGUCCAACAUUCAGCACCAGAAAAUCCGUAUGACGCUAGUAGAGCCUGAGAUUUUAGGCUCUAGCCAUCCCAGAGAUGCCACGCAGCUAAGCGGUAAUGAAGAACCAGAGACGAAAAAGAAGAAACUGGGAAAAUAGGUUCAUUUUAGAAAUGAAUCAGUUGCUAGAUUGGGAGGUAAAUUUUAUCUGGGAAAAAAAAGGAUAAUCUUUUACACUCGUAGAAAAGACUGUUAAAGGAAUCGGGUAACAUUUGCCCGUUUUUAAAAUCUCCCCUGAUAAUAAUGUAAUUACAUACUCCAUGAAUUUUAUUGAAGACUCCAACGUGAACAGGAACUUCUGGGAAACUUCUGGGUCUGUCUAUACAGACAGGAAAGGACACUAUAUUUUAACAUUUCCAUGACAAAGGAAAGUAGAUACAUAGGUUUGUACAUUUACAGCUUUGGCAGCCUGAGUUGGCACAUUUCAGCUUUUUCAUUUGGAUCCACUUUUAAUUUGUUAGCAAAAUAAAACCGAUUUCUAAAAUCUUUUAAACUGUCAA